CCAGAAGGCCCGAUUCAUCAUACCAUACCACUCGAGUCUCCCAUCGAAUUGUAUGUUGUGGACAUUAUUAUAUCGAGAGCUCGCUCUUGUAUCUCCGCAGUCGACACCCGUAGCGUCCGAGGCGAGGAAGUGGGGCAGCGGGCGCCCCUCUCCCUCUAGGAUUCGUCACCUUUUGGGAUGCGUCGGCUCGCCAGGAGAUCGGAAACUCACCAUCUCUUCUCUGCCUCCGGGUCCGAGUUCCUCCUCCAAAACCGGGUCUUUGCCGCCCUGGGAGCGAACAUCCAAGCUUUCUGUUCCUGAUUCCACCCGAAUAGGUCCCGGAUUUUAUCGAGUUUGAAUUCUGCGUGGAGAUCUUUUCUUUCCGCUGGGGUACCCUUCUUUCUUUUUGGGGAAGGCCCGUUCUUUCCUGUUGCAAUUCUCUCUUGAUUCUUUGGUGGAGAAUUCUGUGAGCGAGAUCCGAUUGGAGGCUGAAAAUGGCAUCUUUGUUCCUGAUUAUUUCCUAAAAGUUAUCAACUUUUUCACAGAUUCGCUAUCUCUCUUCUCUAUUGGCUAAUCAUAUCCGCUUUGGGUGGGUUAUCCGGCACUAUUGGUGGUCAGCAACCCACUUAGAUGGUGGUAUGCAGAGCUAGUUUCAGAAAUUUGGCAGUUCCAGCGACCGGUCUGAUCUAUAUAUCUUCCAGUAGGAGGCUUUUCAGGAGUUGGGGGAGGGAUCUGAGCCUGAAACCAGCCUUCUGUCACUGGAACAACCGCAAAUUCAGGGCGUCUGCGAAGAUGAUGUUCGAUUCGAGCGCAUCUAUGGGACCUCAAGCUAUCGUCAAUCUGUUGCAGGAAAAAGACCGCGGUGGAGAUGGAGAUUAUGUGAGCGGUGGAUGGAAAAGUGAGGAUGGAAGAUUGAGUUAUGGAUAUUCAAGUUUUAGGGGAAGGAGAGCAAGCAUGGAGGAUUGUUGUGACGUUAAAAUAUCUAACAUCAAUGAGCAAUCUGUUAGUCUCUUCGGAAUAUUUGAUGGUCAUGGUGGAUCUCGUGCUGCUGAAUAUUUGAAGGACCACUUAUUUGAAAACCUUAUGAAACAUCCACUGUUCAUGACAGACACAAAAUUGGCUAUUAGUGAAACAUAUCUUAAAACUGAUUCAGACUUCCUGGAAGCUGAAAGAAUUGCUUUCAGAGAUGAUGGUUCUACCGCUUCAACAGCUAUUUUUAUCGGAAACCAGUUAUAUGUAGCCAAUGUUGGUGAUUCACGGGUUGUGAUGUCAAAGGCAGGCGAAGCAAUCGCUCUUUCUGAUGAUCACAAGCCAAACAGAAGUGAUGAGCGCAACAGAAUUGAAAAUGCUGGUGGCUUUGUUAUGUGGGCUGGUACAUGGAGGGUAGGGGGUGUACUAGCAAUGUCACGUGCAUUUGGUAACCGCCAUUUGAAGCAGUAUGUCGUGGCAGAACCUGAGAUUCAGGAAGAAGAGGUUGAUCAGGAAUUGGAGUUGCUUGUUCUUGCAAGUGAUGGACUGUGGGAUGUCGUCACAAAUGAGGAUGCUGUUUCCAUUGCAAGAAUGGAGGAAGAACCAGAAGCCGCAGCUCGGAAGUUGACAGCGACCGCCUUUUCUCGCGGAAGUGCAGACAACAUCACAUGCAUUGUGGUGAGACUCCAUCACGACCGACUCGCUGUAGAUUCCACAUCGGCUAGUGAGAGUUGAUCAUUUGGUUUUGUUCUUGCCAGCUUAUAUCAACUUUUUCCUUAUAAUGUCUGCAUAUGGACGAUUUCAUGAACUCGGAUUUGGUGUUUAGGUAACAAAACUUUCGCGUAUGAGAUCCUAUUAGUUGACUUGUAUGAAACCUCCACCCGGUUUGCAGUUUUACUUGAGCUGAUAAAAUCAUAGGAUAUGAUUUGAGAGGUAAUCAAAGUGCCAAUGAACCCAUCGAUGAUUAUUGUAUUUUAUCUGUCUUUUAGUUGAA